CUGUAUCGAAAACAUUGAACACUUGUAAAAUGUCACGAACUGAAUGAAGGAUAAACUCAAGCCCUCCCCAGGUCUGUUGGAUUCUCCCAGGCAUAGAAUGACUAAGCAAAUUUAUCCUAAAGACGAAAAACGGAAUCAAAAGACUACCAUAUUUUACUGUGGCGUUGGUACUUGAUCACUAAAAUGGAAGGAAAACGAUCCAUGAUGAAAAUGGAUCCGCUUUCACCGGGUCCCUGUUUAGACAUCAGUGAUGAUGAACUGGUAACUAUAUCAGUGCGAGAUCUAAAUCGACAGUUGAAACUUCGAGGUUUAUCGAAAGAUGAAAUCGUGAGAAUGAAACAACGUCGUCGAACGCUGAAAAACCGAGGCUACGCAGCAAGUUGUAGAAUUAAAAGAAUUGAACAAAAGGAUGGGUUAGAAUCAGUGAAGACGCAAGAGUACCGAGAUAUGGAAGCAAUGCAGGAUGAUAAUAACAGAAUGCGUGAGGAAAUAGAGUCCUGGCAUUCAAAGUACUUAGCAUUGAAAAAAUUCGCAAUGGAGCGAAAGAUUCCUCUUCCUCCGGAGCUUGAAACUAUUUAACUUUUAGUAUUUAAUUAUCUAUAAUUAAGAUAACUUGUGUAAAAACUUGUGGAUAUUUAUGUUUGAAUGAUGAAUUAUGUGGAUUAUUUAAAAAACAUUCUUUGAGAUUAUAAAAUAUUUCCUAAUUUUUAAACGUAACUUUAAGUUCUAUUGUAUUGAGAGUAGUAGUAUUUCGUUAUUGUAAUAAUUAUUAUAGUCAUGAUAAUUAUUGAAUAAUUUUUAUACGAUAAUUUUUAAAAUAAAU